AAAUGUCGCUUUCACGAGGAACAUUCGGCGAAACAACAUCGCUUCUUUCGAGGCCGAAUAUUAUACUCUCUCAAAGUUGCAACCUCAAGAGACUUCUCCUGCGAAGGGUACCGAUUCUAGCAUGGCUACCUUUGUACAGUUGGAGCAAACUUCUACAGGACACUUUGGCAGGGUUGACAGUGGGUCUGACCGCAAUACCGCAGGGCAUAGCAUAUGCAAUAGUGGCUGGACUUCCGGCACAGUAUGGCCUGUACAGCAGUUUCAUGGGUUGCUUCGUUUAUCUGGUCUUCGGUAGUUGCAAGGAUGUAACAGUAGGACCUACCGCGAUAAUGGCAUUAAUGGUACAAAAGUACGUGAACAUUAUGGGAGAAGACAUUGCAGUGCUCAUAUGCUUUUUAUCAGGCGCUGUGAUCACAUUCAUGGGAAUACUUCAUUUGGGGUUUCUCGUAGACUUUAUAAGCAUGCCUGUAAUUUGCGGCUUCAGUAAUGCCGCGGCGAUUAUUAUCGCUACUUCCCAAUUAGGUACCUUACUAGGUAUUAAAGGGCGCAGUGACUCCUUCAUCGAUGCUAUUUCACAUGUUGUUAAGCAUAUAAACGAAACCCAACUUUGGGAUACAGUGCUAGGAAUAUGCUCAAUGAUGUUGCUGAUUCUCUUCAAGAAACUACCCGGCAAAAAGCAGGGAACUCCUUUCGAAAAAUUUAUGUGGCUAAUCUCCUUGGCCAGAAACGCCAUAGUCGUGAUGGUUGGAAUUCUCAUAGCUUACGAGCUAUAUUCUCAUGAUCUCAAGCCUUUCCAAAUUACGGGCAACAUAACUGAGGGUUUACCACCGUUUUCUUUACCUCCGUUUACCAUCGUAAACGGAAACCAUACAUAUACCUUCACAGAAAUAGUCGGCGAACUUAGCAGUAGUAUCCUCUCGAUACCACUCAUCGCCAUCUUGGAGAGCAUCGCCAUCGCUAAGGCCUUUGCGAAAGGAAAGACUCUUGACGCGAAUCAAGAGAUGCUAGCGGUUGGCCUUUGUAAUAUAUGCGGCAGCUUUGUGAGAUCAAUGCCCGUAACUGGAAGUUUCACUCGUACUGCUAUUAACAAUUCGUCUGGCGUCAAAACGCCGUUUGGUGGUAUUAUCACCGGCAGUUUGGUGCUUUUGGCAUGCCACCUAUUGACAUCUACCAUUAAAUAUAUCCCCAAAGCUACAUUAGCAGCUGUUAUCAUGAUCGCGAUGUUCUACAUGUUUGAAACGCACGUUUUCGUUCUUCUUUGGAGAACAAAGAAAAUCGAUCUAGUGCCGUUGAUAGUGACGUUAUUAUGUUGCUUGGCGAUCAGUUUAGAGUAUGGUAUGAUCAUCGGGAUUGCGGUAAAUCUAAUUCUCUUACUCUAUUUCGCGGCUCGGCCAGGAUUAUUGAUCGAAGAGCGAAUCGUUGAUGGUUUGACCGUGCUUUUCGUAUCACCCAAGCAAUCCCUGAGCUUCCCAGCAGCAGAGUACCUUCGAGAGCGAGUGAUGUCGUGGUGCGAUAAGAGGCCGACAAGUUUACCAGUGGUAAUAGAAGGUCGACACGUGCUCAGAAUUGAUGCCACUGUCGCAAAAAACCUGGCAUUGCUCUUGUCGGAUCUCACCACACGAAAUCAGAAGAUUAUUUUUUGGAAUUGGUGCGAGGACGCCAGACAAACUUUGAUAAGUUACGAUUCAUCAUUCGAAACUUAUUGUAAAUCGUCCGGCAGCAUAGCGCGGAUAUUUGCAGACGAGAUUGUGAUUUGCUGAUUGAACCCAUAGAGCUACCGCCAUAAUAGAUAUGUGUUCAUUGUAUUCCCUAGAAUAAAUACUAACAUCAUU